UCCCAAUUCUAGAAACAUCUAUCAAUCUUCUUCUUCCUUCCUUCUUUCCGAUUCUUCAUCUUAAAAGUUAAAACUAUCUAUCUGCUCAUCUUAGAAGAAUCACAACCAGUAAUACGCCAGCUUUCACGAAUCGACUCCACCAGAAGCAGCAUCUCUAUCGAACUCUUCUUCCUUCUUUCCUGCCUUGGCUGAUUUCGUCUUAGUUCAUAAAGAAUAACAACAACAAGAACAAUCAACAUGGUUCUGCUUGACCAACCAUCUAAUAAUACUACAAGUACUUCAGUACCGUCAGUGGAUUGCGCGAGAAAGAGAAAGUCAAGAAAUAGGCGUGAUGGGCGAAAUGUAGCAGAGACAUUAGCCAGAUGGAAAGAGUACAAUGAAAAGAUUGACAUUGCUAACGAGGAUGAUGCAAAGCCAGCUCGUAAAAGCCCUGCUAAGGGAUCUAAGAAAGGAUGCAUGAAAGGAAAAGGUGGUCCUGAAAACACUGUAUGUGACUACAGAGGGGUUAGGCAAAGAACAUGGGGCAAAUGGGUAGCUGAAAUCCGUGAACCCAAGAGGGGUAGUAGACUUUGGCUUGGUACUUUUCAGACUGCAGUCCAAGCUGCUCUUGCCUACGAUGAUGCAGCUAAGUCCCUGUUUGGACCCUGUGCUCGUCUCAAUUUUCCCAAUCAAAAGCUCCCAACUACGUCUGAUUCUGAUUACACUGUGCCGGCCUCGAGUAUUGUUUCGGGUGGCUCAGCAGAUUCAAAGCAGAUUAACAAUAUUGAUGAAAACAAAGCUUGUUCAACAACAGUACAGAAUAGUGAAACAACUGAGGAGGAGGAGACCUUUGAGGUCAGAACCAAGCCAUCAGAGUAUAAGCUGAUGGAUGAAAUGUUUGAUGCUGAAGAGCUUCUAAGACUUCUCGAGCCUUGGGAUAUAUCUCCCCAGCUGCAGAAUCCUGAGGGGAAGUUGGACGAGAAGAUCAGUAUUGAGCAGCAGCAGCAACAACAACAGCCUUGUGAAGUCAUCAACAACUAUGAUUUUUUUGAUUUCUUGAGUCCGUUCAGACCAGAAGACGAAGAGUCCAUGUUAGGUGAAUUAGGAUACCUGGACUUGGAGCUGUGAAUUAAGUUAAAUCAGUAUUGAUCAUUAAUUUGCAAUUGGAAGACAGACAGUGAAUGAGGGCUGCUAAGCUAAUUGUUGUUGUCCUCGGUUUUAAAAUUAGGGGAUGAUUAAAGCUUGGUUCUUGUUGUGUUGGGGGUGAUGGAUCCGGAUAAUGUUGGCUUACAUACAUAAUUAUAUAUGAUGUAGAGACACUAAUACUAAAAUAAGCAAAAGGGCGGAAUCCCAAUCAAAAUCUGAUUCUUUUUUUUUUUUUUUUUUUCUGAUUUAGCAAGAGAUGAUAAUGUAUAUUAUGUACAGCAUGGUUUGAUUUAUUAUUAUAACUAUUAUUAUAGCUCUAUCU